GCCUCAGCGUGGGCGCUGUGGCGAUGGCGGCGCGGGGCGGCGGUGACAGCGCCGGUGUCGGAGCCGGAGCGGGGCGGGCGCUGCCGCCGCACUCGCCCUCCGGCCCCGUGCUGCAGACGGUGGAGAUGCACACGGGCGGCGAGCCGCUGCGCAUCGUCCCGCGGCUGGAGGCGGCGGAGCGGGCGGCGGCGGGCGGGCUGUCGCUGCUGUCGCUGCGGCGGGAGGUGGCGGCCGCGCAGGACCACGUGCGGCGGGCGCUGGUGCACGAGCCGCGCGGGCACGCCGGCAUGUACGGGGCCGUGGUGGUGCGCGGCGGGGCGGCCGCCGAGGGCGCGCACCUGGCGGCGCUGUUCUUGCACGGCGCCGGCUACAGCGCCAUGUGCGGACACGCCGUGAUGGCUCUCGGGCGCUUCGCCCUCGACUACGGGCUGGUGCCGGAGCCCGCCCGCCCGGAGACCGCCGUCCGCCUGCGCUGCCCCUGCGGGCCCGUCACCGCCUUCGUGCCCUGGGACGGCCGGCGCAGCGGCAACCCCGUGCGCUUCCACAGCGUGCCCGCCUUCGCCGCCGCCACCGACUUGGCCAUUGACGUCCCUGGCUAUGGGAAGGUGGUGGUUGACAUCGGCUAUGGUGGCACUUUCUACGCCUUCCUCAGCGCCGAGCAGCUGGGCCUCGAUGUGUGCUCCUCAAAGACCAGAGACCUUGUCAGUGCAGCGAGCGCAGUAACAGAAGCGGUGAAGAAACAGUUCAAACUUCAUCAUCCCGAAAGUGAAGACCUGGCUUUCCUCUACGGCACCAUCCUGACAGAUGGGAAAGAUGCCUUUAGCGAGGAGCCCACCACCAACAUCUGUGUGUUUGCAGAUGAGCAGGUUGACCGAAGUCCGACGGGUUCGGGUGUGACAGCUCGCAUUGCCCUGCAGUACCAUAAGGGACUCAUCCAGCUGAAUCAGACCAGAACCUUCCGGAGCAGCACCACAGGCUCCUUGUUCACUGGGAAGGCAGUGAAGGAAGCCAAGUUUGGGGACUACAACGCUGUCAUUGUGGAAGUGUCAGGAGAAGCCUUUUACACCGGCACAGCCACCUUCACUGUCGAGGAGGAGGACCCGCUGAAAUACGGCUUCUUGUUCAAGUGACCCGAGCCACAGGUGACGGCACUGUCCCACUGGUGGUGCUGCGCUUCUCCUGCCCAGGAAUUUCUGUUCUCGCCACGAUAUGCCACAGCAACGAGAACAGCUUUGGGUGGUGUGACAGCAUCUGCUGUAUUUCAAGAUAACAAGCUGUGCUGCCCUGCUGUGAUUAGCAUAUUGGGUGCGCUGUGAUUAGCAUAAACGGGCCGCUCUGAGAAGCUGUAAUAUUUUUCUUCUUUUUUUUUUUUUUUUUCUUUUUUCCACAAUAAUUACUCACAGAAAACAGAGCUGAUCUUGGAGAUCUGUCUUCAAAGUUAAGUGCCUUCUCUGUGUCUGAAAACUAUGAAUUUCAAAGUGAGAUUCCUAUUAAAUGCCAGCUGAAAACAC